AUGACACCAACGCCUACCGCCUUGCUCUGGGACCUCGAUCUAGGUAACGUCGAAGCUACCCCUUACGUCAAACUAGGUACUGCUUCACCGUCACCACCUCCACCACUCGAGGACGUCUGCCGCUACCCCCCACUUCCCGGGACCUCCUCCCAGGCUCACACCUUAUUGGGAGCUCACAUAUCCGAGACCUCCAUCAACUACAAUCUACAACAAUCCUAUGUGGACAUUCCUAGCUAG